AGGCUAUAGCUAUACAGACGUGACAUUGAAAGGAAACGAAAGCGAAAAAAAUCUUUGGAAGAGAGGAAAAUGGCGACCGUGGGUGGAAUCAAAGAAGUCGAUGGAAAUCAGAACAGUCUCGAGAUAGAAAGCCUUGCUCGUUAUGCUGUCGAUGAGCACAACAAGAAACAGAAUUCCCUUCUGCAAUUUGAGAAGGUGGUGAACACGAAACAGCAAGUAGUUUCUGGUACGAUCUAUAUUAUUACGUUGGAGGCUGUGGAUGGGGGUAAGAAGAAAGUUUACGAAGCCAAGGUGUGGGAGAAGCCAUGGAUGCAUUUUAAGGAGCUCCAGGAAUUCAAACUUAUUGGCGAUGCUCCUUCUGGAUCAUCCGCUUAAUUUUCAGCUAUAUGGUGACCAGGGAUGUUUUGUAUGAAUUGGUAUGCUUGGUUUUAAGUCUAACUUUAAGUCCAUCAUAUCAUAAAGUAUGUUCCAUGCUAUCCAAUGGAGCCAAAUCGUCCUUGAAACCAUAUAUUUAUCCCUUUAUUAUGUAGAACAUGUGGACAACUGUUCUUAAUCUACUGUAUCUCUGUAAAAACAUUGAAUAAAUAGUACAAUCGAUUAAGGCAGACCAAACCUUUAUGUUA